AUGGGUCUGUACUCGAUGGACUGUAGUCAAGUAGAGGAUGAAGAAGCUGAGCUUCAUGCUGCAGAGCAGCAAAUUGUGCGCAGAUUUUAUAUCUGCAAGAGCACAAGCCAUUUGAUGGCAAAAUGCCCUGCAAGAAAGGCAUAUUUGGCCUCGAAGGGCCGACGCCCCAUGAGAGGUAGAAGUAAACAGGGUCCAGCCCCAAAGAGAUCCGAACUCUCAAAAACGGUACGAGAAUGCAAGCCAGGCUUGCUAGUCGUCGAAGGGACGAUUAAGGGCUAUGAUAAGCCAUGGAUCAUUUUGAUCGAUUCGGGGGCAUCGGGCAACUAUGUGCGCCGUGCCUCCGUGGAAGGUAGUCAGCAGUAUGCUGAAGCGCUUGUAGCGCGUGAGUGUGACACAGUCACAGUUCGCUUAGCGACGGGUACGCGUGUUACGCGUCGUCAACUUGAUGACGAGGCCGAGGCAGCCGCCUUGGCACGGCCCAAACAGCGGUUUUCACGUCAUAAUUAUGGGUUCGUGCUUUGGAAUACCAAUGAGGAAGUUUGA